UCACACAGCGAAUCCAAACCACAGCUCUCACAUACUUUGACCAGUGCCAAUCUACCCCACCCUGAUCUUUUGAGAGAAACCGCAAGCAGCUUCUCCUCCAUUGACAAGUAGAAAAGGCUAAAGAAACCUCUCUCUCUCUCUCUCUCUCUCUCUCUCUCUUUCUCUGUCUGUUUGUUUCCUCUCUGGAACAAAACCCUAAUUCACCUCAACCCCAUAUCAGGUAAUAAAACAAAACCAAAGAGUUUAAGUUCAAUUUUCUUUUCUUCCUCUUUCUCUCUUCUGCUGCAACCAUCAAUUUUCAUGAUCCGUGGGCUGUUUAUUCUCUUCUUUACACAUACCAUUUUGCCCAAAGACAAAGUAAAAGCAAGCCUAAUACUGUCUUCUUCGCAGAUCAGAGCUUUAAAGACAAUACUUGGGUACUUUCUGAUAGCUCUAUUCUUCCAGAAGAUCUCUCUCUCUCUCUGUGUAUUACUAUUAGCUCAUGCUUUGUUUUGUAGUUUGCCUCUUAAAUGGGUCUGUGUAAGUAAGUAGGCAAAAUCUCUCUGCAUAUCUCUCUCCAUAUCUCUGUCUCUCCUCACGUCUUUCCCUUUUAUCUCUCUUUCUCUCUGUGUCUGUCUACUGAAGUGAGAAAUGGAUUCGGGUAAUAGUGGAAGUAUGCAAUCCUCAAGUGGUGGAGAUGAGGAGUAUGAUUCACGCGCCGAGUCAAUCUCAGCUUUCUUGAACAGCAAUAACAACCCAUUAAGCCAUGUUGGUCCCAAGCCUAACCCACCGCCACCACCAGACCACCACCACCACCACCAACACCAACACCAACACCAAACCCACUCCUCUUCAUCGUCCAUGUUUGACCCCUUAUCAAACUAUUUUGAUCCUUUAUCAUCGUCAAGGUCACCGCCGCAGCUCACAAACCCAAAUUCACUUCUCAAUCUUGAUAUGGUCUGGUCCAAAAACAUAAGAUCUGAGACGAAUUGCACUGAUCUUGGUGCUUUCUUAGCGCCAUCCUCACCAACCCAACAAUUUUUCACCAACCAACCGCCAAGUAGAACCACUUUUCCUUCUGUACAGAUCCCUCAAGGACCAGAAUGUGCUACAAGAGGUUCGGGUUCAGCUUCAGCUUCAGCUUCAGUUUCGAAUGAUCAGGGCACGAUCACCACUAGCAGCAAUAAUAUCGUUCGUAAUCCAAAGAAGAGAUCCAGAGCUUCGAGGCGUGCACCAACCACAGUUUUGACUACAGACACGACUAAUUUCCGAGCCAUGGUUCAGGAGUUCACUGGGAUCCCUGCACCUCCCUUCACAUCCUCGUCUUUCCCAAGAAGCAGGCUUGAUCUAUUUGGCACUGCUUCCACUUUGAGAUCAGCUGCCCAUUUGGAACCUCCAACACCUCCUUAUCUUUUAAGACCUUUUGCUCAGAAAAUCCAACCUCCCCCUCCAUUUCUCUCUUCUUCUUCAGCGUCUACAUCUUUUUCUACUUCUUCUCUGGUCGAUGCUAUAGCUUCCACUACUGCAACUAACAUCAAUUCUGGUACUGGUACUAAUAUUACUACUUCUAAUUCUUCAACUUCCAUUAACUACCAGCUAUCUUCUGAUUUAGGCCUUCUAAAACAGCCUCAGCAUCUACUCAACAUCAACAUGCAAAACCCAAUUCUCAAUCUCCAGUCUCUCCUUGAACCCACUCCUAAAUACCUACUUCCCAAUUCAGCCAUUCUUGGCCCCUCCAAAACACAAGAAGGGUCGUUAGAAAUUCCAUCAAAUGAUUCGCAUCUGAAAAUGGGUGUUCUGGAAGAGUUCGGUUUGAGCCAUGGCCAUGUUAGCACGAACCUAACUGGACUCUCAAAUAUAGUAUCAUCAUCAAACACAACAUUGAGAAGAAGCGACAACAACCACACUGCAAACUGGGGAGAUGAAGAAGGAUCAAACGAGGGCGAUCGAGGUCUGUUAAGGUCCAUCAAUGGCAAUUACAGUAACUCACAGCAAAGAGUUACCAAUGGAAAAGUGAACUACUCGGCUUCUUCAUCAAAUUUUAAGGGGCCAGAUAAUGUAGCAGCUGCAAGAAGUGAAGGUAUGGUGGAAUCAUGGAUUUGUUCAUCAGAUUAGGAAUUUUAAAAUAUAUAUAUAUAUUAUCACUAUUAAGAAGUUUCAUCAUAAUGAGAGACCACAAACAGAAUGAGUAUCUUUGAUGCAUGAAAGAGAAGAUUUUUUUUUUGUUUUUUCUCUCCAUCUAAACCAUGACUUAAUUUCAACAUAAUUAGACACUAUUUUUCCUUUUUUAUUUUUUAUGUAUGUAAAUAAUAGCCUCCCUUUCAUCUUCUUUCUUUAUA